CGAUGAAUAUCACAUGAGUGUGGUUCCAAAACUCACUCUCAUUCAUUCACAAAUGGCAUCAAAAUUGGAGGUUCGGGAGCUUGGGAAAACCGGACUCAAGCUCAGUUGUGUCGGGUUCGGAGCCUCCCCUCUCGGCCACGUCUUCGGCUCUGUUCCCGAGGAAGAAGCCAUUGCUUCUGUUCGCCAUGCCUUUCAAUCCGGCAUCAAUUUCUUCGACACUUCACCGUAUUAUGGAGGGACAGUGUCAGAGAGAGAGUUGGGGAAAGCGUUAAAGGCUCUUUGUGUUCCAAGAAAUGAAUAUAUUGUAGCAACCAAGUGUGGACGCUAUAAGGAGGGUUUUGAUUUCAGUGCAGAAAGAGUAACUAGAAGCAUAGAAGAGAGCUUGGAAAGGUUGCAGCUUGAUUAUGUUGAUAUAUUGCAAUGCCAUGAUAUUGAAUUUGGGUCAUUAGACCAGAUUGUGAAUGAAACCAUUCCAGCACUUUUGAAACUUAAGAAAGCUGGGAAAACUCGUUUCAUUGGCAUUACUGGACUCCCUUUGGGAAUAUUUACUUACGUGCUUGAUAGGGUUCCACCUGGUACAUUGGAUGUAGUGUUAUCAUAUUGUCAUUACUGUAUUAAUGAUUCAACCUUGGAGGAUAUUGUGCCUUACUUAAAGGCCAAAGGUGUUGGUAUUAUCAAUGCUUCUCCACUAGCAAUGGGCCUCCUCACUGAGACUGGUCCUCCUGAGUGGCAUCCAGCUUCACCAGAACUCAAGUCUGCAUGUCAAGCUGCUGCUACCUGUUGUAAAGAAAAGGGAAAAAACAUUUCGAAGUUAGCAAUGCAGUACAGCUUAUUAAAUAAGGAAAUCACAUCAGUGCUUGUUGGCAUCAGAUCUGUCGAACAGGUGGAGGCAAAUGUUGCUGCUGCAAGAGAACUUGCAGCUUCUGGGAUCGAUGAAGAGGCUCUGUCAGAAGUUGGAGCCAUUUUAAAGCCGGUUAAGAAUCAGACAUGGCCUAGUGGAAUCCAGCAGAGCUGAUGCUUUUCUCGACUGCCUGGUAUUGCCUAUGAAGACACCCCGCCGUUGGCCCAUUCCUGCUGUUGAGAAUGUUCUUUACUCCUAUUCAAUAAAAGAAAUUGCUUUUACAGAUGCUAAGAUUCACUAUUUAAGUUGUUUUUGCUGUAUCUUCUAGAGUGUAUCCAAUACAUUUCUUACCACAUGUGAUGUUUCAAUGAUCAUCAUCUCCAGCUACCAGAGAGUAAGGGCCCAUGGGCACCAAGUAUAUAUACAAGCCUUCUCAUAGCUUUGAUAUGUAUUUGGACAAAACUAGAGUAGUUGGUUGAAUUGGUUUGGAAAAGCUCAAUGUAAGAAAAA